GGGGGCGGCAGGGGGAGGGGUGCGUGAGAGUGGCUGGAACCUGGCAAAUAGAAGACGAGGGACGCGGGAGGACAGCCCGGUGCCGGCCCUGGUCUGGGCCGCCAAGCAGCCAUGCCGACCUGGGGGGCCGGCUCCCCGUCCCCGGACCGCUUUGCAGUGUCUGCGGAGGCGGAGGACAAAGUGUGGGAGCAGCAACCCCACGUGGAGCGCAUCUUCCGCGUGAGGAUGAGCGUCCUCCGGAAGGACUGCCCCGAGAACCCUCACAUCUGGCUGCAGCUGGAGGGCCCCAAGGAGAACGUCAGCAGAGCCAAGGAGUACCUGAAGGGUCUCUGUAGCCCAGAGCUGCAGGAUGAAAUCCACUAUCCACCCAAACUGCACUGCAUCUUCCUGGGGGCCCAGGGCUUCUUCCUCGAUUGCCUGGUCUGGAGCACAUCAGCCCACCUGGUGCCUGGGGCGCCUGGAUCGCUGAUGGCCAGUGGCCUCACGGAGGCCUUCGUCAUGGCUCAGAGCCGAGUGGAGGAGCUGGUGGAGCGGCUGAGCUGGGACUUUCGGCCAGGGCUGCCUCCUGGAGCCUUUCAGUGUGCUGGAGUGCUGAGGGACUUCGGUGCCCUGCUGCAGCCCCAGGGGGAUGCCCACAGAGAGGCCCUGCUGCAGCUGCCCCUGGCUGUCCAGGAGGAACUGCUGAGCCUGGUACAGGAGGCAUCCAGGGGACAAGGGCCCCAAGCGCAUUUCUCCUGGGAGGGGGGGAGCCCAGGCCUGCUGGGUGAUCAGCAUCAAGGAGUCAGAGUGCCCCUGAAUGAAGGCAGGGGGUCCCUGGACACUGGACCUACAGGGUGGCCAGAGUCAAGGGGAGAGAGACAUGCUAUAGAGAAGGAGGGAGGGAAGCAGGGUGGCCCCAGGGAGAUGGAUUUGGGAUUGAAGGAGCGGCCUGGGGAAGAGGCCUGGGAGAAAGAAGUGGCCUACAGGUCACAGUCAGGGGGAGGAGAGGUAGGGCAGGAAGGGUUCCUGAAGAAGAAGGCCCCGGGGAAGGAGGGGGGGCCUCAGGAAAGAGGAGGAAGGUUUUGUAUCCAGGGUGAGCCUCCUGGUGCCCAGGGCUGUCAGAGGGCAGCUCAGCUCCGGGGAGCCUCUCUCCUCCAGCGGCUCCACAACGGGGAAGCCUCACCUCCCAGAGUGCCUAGCCCCCCACCUGCACCUGAACCCCCAUGGCAUUGUGGAGACCGCGGAGACAGGGGAGACAAGCAGCAGGUUGUGGUUCGUGGUCGGGGGUCUCCGUGGAAACGAGGCACCCGGGGGGGCAACUUGGUGACUGGCACACAGCGUUUCCAGGAGGCCCUACAGGACCCUUUUACCCUGUGCCUUGCCAAUGUACCUGGCCAGCCAGACCUCCGCCAUAUUGUCAUUGAUGGCAGCAACGUGGCCAUGGUGCAUGGCCUCCAGCACAACUUCUCCAGCCGGGGCAUUGCCAUUGCUGUGCAGUAUUUCUGGGAUCGUGGCCACCGGGACAUAACUGUCUUUGUGCCUCAGUGGCGCUUCAAUAGGGAUGCCAGGGUCAAAGAGGGUCACUACCUGCAAAAGCUCUACUCCCUCAGUCUGCUCUCCCUCACUCCUUCCCGAGUCAUGGAUGGCAAGAGGAUCUCUUCCUAUGAUGACAGGUUCAUGGUGAAGCUGGCUGAAGAGACCGACGGGAUCAUUGUCUCCAACGACCAGUUCCGGGACCUGGCGGAGGAGUCUGAGAAGUGGAUGGCAAUCAUCAGAGAGCGCCUGCUGCCCUUCACCUUCGUGGGAAACCUCUUCAUGGUCCCUGAUGACCCACUGGGGCGAAAUGGCCCCAUGCUGGAUGAGUUCCUGAAGAAGCCAGUCAGGGCACAGGAAUCUUCUAAGGCUCAGCAUCCUUCCAGGGGCCUCACAGAACACAGUCAGCAGCAGCAGGGGAGAGAAGAGGAGGAAAAAGGCAGUGGUGGCAUUCGGAAGACCCGGGAGACUGAGAGGCUCCGGCGCCAGUUGCUAGAGGUGUUUUGGGGCCAGGAUCACAAGGUGGACUUCAUCCUGCAGCGGGAGCCUUACUGCCGCGACAUCAACCAGCUCUCUGAGGCCCUGCUCAGUCUCAACUUUUGAGCCUCACCUGCCCUAGUGGCUGCCAUCACAUCAGCUCCAGCCUUGCCUAGCUUAGUCCCUUCUGUGAUGCUCAGACCCUGCCCCAGACCCACUCUGAGUUGGUGCAUUGGGUAAGGGAAGCACUGAGAAGAGCCUUCGUGAGUGGGGAAUGCUCUUGCCUGGGGCACUUUGGGGACGUAACGAGACCUGAUCUCCUCUUGAGUCAGGACCUCAACCAGCUCUCAAGGGGUUCUGGUCAGCCUUAACUCCUCAACCUUGCUUGCCUUAGCGCAGGGUCUGUAGGGAGUGCAGGCUGCUGGAAAGGCUAGGUCCUGGAGAUUGGGACUCCAGUUCCUCCUCAAAGCUGAGUUGGGGAUGUAGCCAGAGGACAGGAUGCUCCCAGGCCUGGCAGAACUCCUGGGAACCUUGAAAAGGGAAUGCGGAGCCCUGGAAAGGCGGGGGUCUGGGUUACAGUGGGCAACAGGGAGCUGAUGGGGAAAGUAGAGGAAGACUUGGCUUCUGGUCUCAGCUGUACCUGCCUGUGACCUUGAUUGAGCUACUUGCCCUUUACUUCUGCCUAUAAAUCAGAUGAAAAAAUGCCUGUUGGGAGAAAUGAGAACAUGGAGCAGGGCUCUUUGGAGGAACAGGACAUGGACCAAGUCUCAGGUGUGUCUGUCUGUGGCUGCACAGGCUUCCAAACCAAAACCUCAUUUUCAGAGAACCGAGUGUCCUCUGUCCCCAGGGCCUGUGCCCUAGAUUUUAACACUGCACCCUCAUUUUGUGCCCUAUAAUGGCUGCGUCCCUUUGGGCAACCCCCAAAUCCACAUUUACAAAACAGUUAGUUAGGGGUGACUGUUUGCAUUACCAGAAUACUCUCAGGGUUCCUCUAAAUGGCAGCUCUCCUGUUGCAUUCAAGUGUUUGUUUACAGAUUACCGAAUGUGUCAGAAAGUCCCCUGUUCAAUGCACUUGCUGUGGUGUUGCGCAUUCACCAAAUCAAUGGAAGCCAUGCUCUGCUAUGACAAUGUUAAUGUGAUCUGACCCUAGCAUUUUCUCUACAGAACACGUAUGUUGCAUAAAGCGAGGCCCACUUCUGCUU